AUGUGUCUUGAAAGAAUGCCUAUGGAACUCAUUCAGAAGGAGAAAGCUCGCAAGACAACAUUCAACAAGAGAAAGAAAGGAUUAUUGAAGAAAGCUUAUGAAUUUUCCAUUCUUUGUGCGGUUGAUGUUGGUAUAAUUAUCUAUGCCCCCAAGUUUCUUGAUGAACCUGAAACAUGGCCCCAAGACCAAGACUCAAGAGAGUUAAAACGUGUCAUUCAAAAAUAUCAGAACACCACUAGUGACAGAUGUCCUAAGGUGUAUAGUGUGCAAGAGUAUUUUAACGACAAAAUGAAAAAGAUUGAAGGUGAGAUUUCCAAAGUGCACAAAGAGAAGAUCAAACUCAUGUAUCCAACUUGGAAUGACUCUUACAAUACUCUUGGAGAGGAACAAUUGAGGAUGUUUGUUAGUAUUUUGGAUGCUAAGUUUGAUGCUUGUAGUCAAAGGAUGAAUAUGUUAAAGAAGGGAAAAGACAAAGUUGAGACACUUACUCCCUACAUGACCUCAAAUGUAGGUAUGCAAAACAUGUCUCAAACACAAUUUUUCCCACCUAGUGAUAACAACCAAGUAGCAUUUUACCCAUUUCAACUUAGCCAAAGUUCUCAACCUUCUAUGUUCCAUUUUGAUAAAAGUUGUAUGCAAUUGAUGGGAAAAAGUACAAUGGUGGAUUGGGCUGAUCAAGUUGGUGUUGAUGCUAAUUGUGAUCCCAAAAUGGGUGUAGUACUAAAGGAGGAUGGAUCUGACAAAAAUCAAAACUCCUACUACAAUAGAAAUCUUCCUUCUCACUUGCAAUAUGAUGCAACUUUCCAGACCCUACCAGAUCAACCAAGACAACCACCAGGAUUUGAACUUAAUGGUUUUUAUGAUUCAAAUAUGCUUCAACCUCAUUUUUUUAACUACAUGCAUGGAAGAAACUAAGCCUCAUCUCAUCACUACAAACAUAUAUGCUUUUUUUUGGAAUAUCAGUUAAGGUUUUAAUUUUUCUAGGCUUUCAA